UGUCUCUUCCUCCGCCGCGCAAGCACACCACACGACGACUCGGCACUCGCACAGAUCGGACAGAGACAGGAUAGAGAUGGCUGGGAGGCUAACCGCAGCGGGGUCCCGCAUCCUGGGCGGCGGCGGCGCACGCGCCGCGGCCGCAGCGCUCCGGCAACGCGCCGGCAUGGGUCUCCCCGUAGGCCGCCACAUCGUCCCCGACAAGCCCCUCCCUACGAACGACGAGCUGGUGUGGGACAACGGCACGCCCUUCCCGGAGCCCUGCAUCGACCGCCUCGCCCCGCACAUCGGCAAGUAUGAGGCGCUGGCGUGGCUGUGCGGAGGACUCGGGUUCUUCGCUGCUCUCGGUGUGGCCGCCGCUGUGAAUGACAAGGCCUCCAAGAUCCCAUAUACUCCCAAGGUCUACCCGUAUGACAAUUUGAGAGUGGAACUUGGUGACAGACCAUAAAAGACUAGUCGCCUGUUCGAACAAGCACUGUGAUGAAACGAGCCCGACGUCUCCUUUCAUCUUAUAAAAGCAGGGGGACUUGUUUAUCAUGUUUGUUUUUGUUAUUAUGAUUAUCAUGUUGAUGUUGUAAACUGCCACCAUGUGAUUUGCUCAUCUGCUGAAUCUUGGCAAGCAUGGCUUCACCCAACAAUAAUGCAACCAGUGUUUUCGAGCAACUAUUUGACGGGCUAAGGGAUAAACUUCAUCGAUUUAAUUUCUGAUUUUCCUUGUUCA